AUGACUACAGAAGAAUGGAAAAAUUUCAGCAUUCCUUUAGAAAGAAUUGGCAGUAAACAAGUGUAUAGUAAAUGUGAAAUGUAUAGUUUAUCAUCUGGAAAGAAUAGAACCCGAAUUCCAUGCACGUCGUGGGAAUACGAUCAUUCCUUUUAUGCAUCCACUAUAACUGAGAAAAAUCACUUUCUAGUUGAUGUUAUUCUGCCUUCUGGUAUUAUAACAGUGUUACAGAAGCUACUUCACGAAGCAAAUUCAACAAUAAUUCAAAAUAUUAUGAAUGACAUAACAGAUGAAGAGUAUAAUGUAAUAUUCAUGGCGCCGAACAUUGAUUAUUGGUGUGCGAAGCCAUCAAAAUUUUCGAAUAUGACUACAGAAGAAUGGAAAAAUUUCAGCAUUCCUUUAGAAAGAAUUGGCAGUAAACAAGUGUAUAGUAAAUGUGAAAUGUAUAGUUUAUCAUCUGGAAAGAAUAGAACCCGAAUUCCAUGCACGUCGUGGGAAUACGAUCAUUCCUUUUAUGCAUCCACUAUAACUGAGAAAUGGAAUCUAGUGUGUGACAGAGCAUGGUUAGCAUCUUUUGUGCAAUUCAUGUAUUUCAUAGGAUUUUUAAUCUCUGUUUUCAUUGGAGGUCAAUUAUCUGAUAAAUUUGGCAGGAAACCUAUGUUCUACUUGAGUUCAGCAUGGACAUUCACAUUCAGUAUGAUAAGUAUAUUUACUUCGUCUUUCUGGAUGUUUCUUGCAUGUCGAUUUUUACUUGCAUUUGGUAGGGCAAAUUCAGCACUAAUUAUGUAUGUACACGCAACAGAAAUUGUUAGAAAAGAACACAGAAUCGCUGUAGGAUUAACACUUAAAGCAGGAAUGGUAUUAGGACAACUUGCUCUUCCUGGAUUUGUUUGGAUUUUCAGAGAUUGGUUUUAUAUAGAAAUAAUAUAUGUUUUACCAUUCAUAAUCUGUCUGCCAUUAUGGUGGGUCACUUCGGAAUCUCCAAGAUGGCUUAUUACCCAAGGAAAAAUAUAUGAAGCCGAGAAAGUAAUGAGGAAGGCAAUAAAAAUGAGUAAACUCCAAAUUGAAAAUUUCACUCAAAAAUUCAAAGUUAUAACUGAAAACAUUGCAAAGGAAAGUGAAGGAAAAAACAAGCAAGUGACAUUUCUGGAUAUAAUGAAAAAUUCUAAAUUACGAAAAUUCAGUUUAAUUUUGUACCUGAUUGGUAUAUCAACUAUUCUUUCAUUUUAUGGAUUAACAUUCUCAGUUGAUGAUAUUGGAAUAGACGUAUUAUUAUUCUUCUCCCUUGCUGCUGUAGUAGAAAUACCAUCUUCUGUCAUUUACUUUUACCUUCAAAAAUUCAGCGGAAGGCGAUAUACACUGACCGUUUCUAUGGCAGGAAGUGGUCUGAUGCAUCUUUUAGCAAUUGCAUUCCAAUCAGGUAUUUUUACAGCUUAA